UCAGGCACUCAGCAAAAUGACCUGAAAAGACAACACCUGCUGGAAAGACUGUUGGAUGCAGUAAAACAGUGCCAGAUUCGUUUUGGAGGAAGAAAGGAGAUAGCCUCAGACUCUGACAGCAGAGUAAUAUGCCUGUGUGCACAGUUUGAAGCUGUGCUCCAGCACGGCCUGAGAAAAAGCCGUGGCCUUGCCCUCACCGCAGCUGCCAUCAAGCAGGCUGCAGGUUUCACCAGCAAAACUGAAACAGAACUGACCUUCUGGUUCUACGUGAAGGAGCAACUGAACCGGCAUGAGCUCCAGCGUUUUUACUCCCUGCGGCACAUCUCAUCUGAGCAGGGCAGGGGCCGUGCCUGGCUCCGCUGUGCCCUCAACGAGCACACUCUGGAGCGUUACCUCCACAUGCUGCUGGCCGACCGCGCCCGUCUCAGUGCCUUUUACGAAGACUGGGCUUUUGUCCUGGAUGAGGAGAGAGCCAGUAUGCUUCCUACCAUGGCGGCAGGUCUCAACUCCAUCCUGUUUGCCAUUAACAUUGAUAACUCGGACCUCAACGGGCAGGUCCGUGCGGGCACGACCGUGUCUAAUCUCCUGAAGGAGUCGACGCAGGGCAUGAGCAGCCUGUGGAAGGAGUCGACCCAGGGCGUCACCACACUUCUGCGUGAGAUUGGCACUUCCGCAGUGGUUCCAGGCCUGAACCCUCGACCAGACUACCCCACUGACCCCCUGCCCGUCAUACCACGUAGCACCUCUGCCGACUCCGGUUUGAGGAAAGAACGUAGGCGUAAGAAAAAGAUCACCAACAUCAUCUCUUUCGACGAUGACUUGGACGGAGGAGCGGAGGAUGAAGAGGAAGGGUAUGACGACAAGGGGAGGAACCAGAAGAAAAGUUCGGUGGUUCACGUGAGCUCUGAAGAGGCCUUGGAACCCCAGGAAACUCCGCCCACUCAGAACGGGCUGGAAGAACCUGGUAUCGUCAGCUGGGCUGCAACACCACCCCAGAAUGGGGUUUUUCCUGAUACCAAGAGCAUAGACAAUGAGGGGGAGGAUGAAGAUGUGUACAGUAAGAGCAGGCCAGAACCCCAGGAGGAGUCUGGUAGUGCAGAACAGGUGGUUGUGGGAAGCUUGAAUAGCGUGUCCACUUGGAGUCCCAGACAAAUGGUCACGGAGAAUGACAACGACAGCUCAGAUAUUCUCAUCCCACUGGCCGCUACGGACCCCUACAUCCAGCAAGGCAGCUCCGUGGAGACUAUAGGAUUUCACAGACCGGAUGAGAGCAUUAUCCCCGCAAACGACAUGGAAAAGCCGACAUCUCAGCUCCAGUUCAGUAUGGAGUCCAGUCCACCUGUCCAGAGUGACCCCGCCCCCAGUGUCCUACCCCCGCCAGGCCUGCCGGAGUCCAUGAGCGUGGCUGAACUUCGUCAAGCCAUAGUUGCUAUGAUGAACAGGAAAGACGAGCUAACUGAGCAGAACACGUCUCUGCGCAGUUUAUUGGAUGGAGAGAUGGAGCACUCUGCAGCCCUGAGACAGGAAGUGGACACCCUGAAGAAAAAACUGGCAGAGCUGGAGGAGAGACACGCAGCAAAAGUCCAGGCUCUCGGCAGGGAGAAUGAGGUGCUGAAGGUCCAGCUAAAGAAAUAUGUGGGCGCUGUCCAGAUGCUGAAGAGAGAGGGCAGCCAGGGCCGUGAUGCCCUCCCCAUACUGCCUAACUGUGAAGCAGCACCCUCGGCACUCCCCCAGCACAAAUCGGUUACUGAUGUCGAAGAACUUGCUGCCAACUACGAGCGGAAACUUAUAGAGGUGGCUGAGAUGCAUGGAGAACUGAUCGAGUUCAACGAGCGACUGUACCGCUCGCUCAUGGCCAAGGACCACCUGAUCGGCCAGAUGAGACAGGAGCUUAUCGACCUGCGCGGCCCGGUGCCAGGGGAUUUGAGCCAGACCUCUGACGAUCCCAGUUUAUCAGACUUCGAAACAACUCACCGCGCUCUUGUCAACGUGUGGAUCCCUUCAGUGUUUCUGCAAGGUCGUUCUGCCAACGCCUAUCAUGUGUACCAGGUUUAUAUCCGGAUCCUGGAUAAUGAGUGGAAUGUGUACAGACGUUACACGGAGUUCCGAACGCUGCACAGUCAACUGCGGUCCCAGUUCCCACAGGUGGACACUUUUAACUUCCCUCCCAAGAAAGCCAUUGGGAAUAAGGAUGCGAAGUUCGUGGAGGAACGGAGGAAGCAGUUGCAGUCGUACCUACGCAUGGUGAUGAACAAGCUAAUCCAGACACUGCCGGAGUUUACCGCCCAACCCACCAAGGAGACCCUGCUGCAGCUGCUACCCUUCUGCAGGGAUACUCCACAGGCCAACGAGAGUGGAUCCAAAACUGCCCGUACCAAGACUUCAUCCAGGUUUCCCCGCAUGGACCGAAACCAGAGCCGAGAGACACGGAACCCGGAGCCUCAGAGCGGUGACCUUUAACCCUGCUCUCACAGAGGGUGGAUGACUGGACUUGUAA